UCUGUAAUAAAAAUACAUGAAGAGAAUUGAGGAAAAGGAGAAGAUUGGCCGAGGGGGCGAAAAACAGCAACCACACCGCGUUUAAGCCUUUGUUUUCAUCCCGCUACUGAAGCCGUGGACGUGAACACCUUUUAACACAGACUGGGAUAUAUUUUGGUUGCGGCAUCGAGAGCUCCUGGCAGAAAUGCAAUGUUAUGCGUGGCUUUCUUGGGUCUUUUGAGCAGGCAGCGAGAGAUAACUGUACUGUAUCCCAGUCUAGAGGAUUGGAGUGAAAGUCCGCCAUAUUCUGCCUUACCACGCCCGGGAGUCGAGCCAUUGGAAAAUAAACCGACAGCUGUAUUCAUGGGUUUUUCCGGUUGCCCUCAUCCACGGACGACAACUUGAACGCAGGUGAUUUUGUUGGGCGAAAAAUAACAACAUUGAAGACUUCGAAGAGAGAAGGCGCGGAUGGCAACGCUUAACGAGAUCACGCAGAGCAAUACGGAGGAUGUGUCUUAAAAGGAUCUGUUGAUCAUAUUGAGAAGGAAAAGCAGAUUACACCAAUUAAGAUUGGACAGAUAUUCCACUCAAACCGCUUUGGACACUAUUUUGAAGCUGUCGGAAGGCGAGCAGAAACAGGGGGGAGGGGGGGGGGGUCAAUAAUUUCUCAAGUAUCCAGUUUUCCUUUCCACCACAAUCUGUGCGCUGUUCAGGCUCAUUAUAAGGGCGUCCACGCGUUGUUUUACCACAAGUAGGCCUGCAUGAGGACAUUAUUUGGCAUUCACAGGCCUCCGUUUGUUUGUUUGUUUUUUUUUACUCUGAAGAAUCUGAAAUCUGAAUGAACCACUAAGAGGGAAAAGCAGAAAAGUGCGUGUUUUGGAGAGGGGGGGGGAGCAGAGAGAAUGACCCUGGAAUCCAUAAUGGCGUGUUGCCUCAGCGAGGAGGCGAAAGAAGCCAGGCGGAUCAACGACGAGAUCGAAAGGCAGCUCCGCCGGGACAAGAGGGACGCACGCCGGGAACUGAAACUGUUGCUUCUCGGCACCGGGGAAAGUGGAAAGAGCACAUUCAUCAAACAGAUGAGGAUUAUCCACGGCACCGGCUACUCCGACGAGGACAAAAGAGGUUUCACCAAACUGGUCUAUCAGAACAUCUUCACAGCCAUGCAGGCCAUGAUCCGAGCCAUGGAGACGCUCAAGAUCCCCUACAAAUAUGAGCACAACAAGGGCAACGCCAACAUUGUGAGAGAAGUGGACGUAGAAAAGGUCUCCAUGUUCGAGAAUCCUUAUGUAGAUGCAAUCAAGAGCUUAUGGAAUGACCCAGGCAUCCAGGAGUGCUAUGAUCGAAGGAGAGAAUACCAACUCUCAGACUCCACCAAAUAUUACCUGAACGCGUUGGACCGGAUCGCCGAGCCAGCCUACCUUCCCACUCAGCAGGAUGUGUUGAGGGUUCGAGUCCCCACCACGGGCAUCAUUGAAUACCCGUUUGACCUGCAGAGUGUCAUAUUCAGGAUGGUGGAUGUUGGAGGUCAGAGGUCGGAGAGGAGGAAGUGGAUCCACUGCUUUGAGAACGUUACGUCCAUUAUGUUCCUGGUCGCUCUCAGCGAGUACGACCAAGUUCUGGUGGAAUCGGACAACGAGAACCGGAUGGAGGAGAGCAAAGCUCUCUUUAGGACAAUAAUCACAUACCCCUGGUUCCAAAACUCCUCAGUCAUUCUCUUCCUCAACAAGAAGGACCUGUUGGAGGAGAAGAUCAUGUACUCUCAUCUGGUCGACUACUUUCCAGAGUAUGAUGGUCCCCAGAGGGAUGCCCAAGCAGGGCGAGAGUUUAUCCUCAAGAUGUUUGUGGACCUGAAUCCAGACAGCGAUAAGAUCAUCUACUCUCACUUCACCUGUGCCACCGACACAGAGAACAUCCGGUUCGUCUUUGCCGCCGUCAAAGACACCAUCCUGCAGCUCAACCUAAAGGAGUACAACCUGGUGUAGAGCGGAGCAGGGCUGCCAACAGGAGGCCCUCAACACACACUGACUGAUGCAAUCUGUGAAAAGAUAGAUCAUAUACACACACAUUAAAAGGAAAAUCAGAAGAAAAAAAUCUAAUGGUUGCAUAAUACUAAUUUAUUUGCCAUUUGUUGACCUCUUGGUCCCCAAGGGGUCAACAAAGUAAAUGUUUUAUUGCUAUUUAAGGAGUUGAUGAAAUAUUGGAGGGGGGGGGGGACAAGAUAUCUGGAAGGGUUGGGGAGGCAUUUGCUGUUGAACAUGUACAGCAACGGUCCUCAUUUCUACGCUUGACAAAAAGAAACAAACUACUUUGGGGGCUUGUUUUGUCUGUCAGUCUGAUACAUCAGAGCUGUAGCAAAUGCAAUGUGCUCCCUCCCUCCCUGCCUUUUUAUAAACAAGAAGGAAUUCAAUUUCUUUUUUUUUUACCCUCCCUCAUUACCUACCAGUUCAUUCUGAAGAUUCAUCCAUUUACCUGUUUGCCCAACCAGAAAUGAUGUAACAGAUCUCUAAUUGACUGCUUCCUGUUUUUCUUUUAAGGACUAAUUGGCAAGUCUCUUGAUGAAAAGGCAUAAACUGUGAUUUUUUUUUUUUUAAAUGAUUUCAUAUCAAUUUGGUAUUGAUUGACUUAAAUCAUUAUUAUUAUUACACUGACUUUGGUAUCAUCCGAUGACUAGAGCAUGUGUGACCGUGGAAGUAUAUUCUCCACAUUUUGGGGAAAGUAGCCUGAGUCCUGUGUUUAGUGACAGUCAUGUGACAAUUCUCCAGCAUUGCCAUAACCAUGAAGUUAAGAAGUGUGAGAGAAAUUUGGCUUUUAAAAACGCUGUGAGUGGCCACUUGAGAAGGCACACAGGGACCUCUUCUCUGUCAUGUCAUGAAGACCAUGACGGUGCUGGCUGCUUUACACAGACUGAAGGAAGUAAUAAUUUAUGAGACAAUGUUGUUAAAUGAUUUAUGUUCAACUGUGCCACCUUAACGCUUUUUUAUUAUUGUAAUAUGUAUAUUUAUUGUCAAUGCCAAAACAACUCACGCACCAGACUCCACUUUGCGUUGUGUACUACUUUAAUGAAAGGAAUAAGCGUUGAGGACAGGAAAAGAGCAGGGUGAAAGAGCACAGAAGGAGCGGAAUGACUGACCGACAGUUUUUGAAGUAUUCAACAAAAUCAGAGAAACUGUCCAAUCACAACCUCGGGUGUGGCUACAAACCCCUCCCCCUGGCCUACAGACUAUCCAGUCACACUUUAGCUGUGUCUAUUGAUGAUGGCUUUCUUGACUGUUGUAGUUUAAUAGCAGUGGAGAAUACAUUUGGCUUAUAUUCCUAUGUAAACGGGCUGAGUGUUCAUAUUCACUUGUUACCAAAGUAAGCCCUUCUAGUUUUUGAUUGGCUCCUCAGAUUUGCAGUUGCUCAUUCCCAAGUUACUUUUAAGAAUUUUUGGAAACAAUUCCCUUGAACAUAAGCCUGUAAUUUACAUUUAUUGUGGCAUAGUGCAAUUAUGAAUGCUAUAAUCAUUGUACAUACAUCUCUCUCUCUCUCUCUAUAUCUAUAUCUAUAUCUAUAUCUAUAUAUAUAUAUAUAUAUAUCUAUAUCUAUAUAUAUAUAUAUAUAUAUAUAUAUAUGGCAGCAUCUCUGUUGGCUUUGUAAUCAUUACGUUUUUGGCAGAUUGAAUGUGCGGUAUUGAAAAUAUGUAUCUAUGUAAUUGUAUUGUAUGUAGGCUAAUAACAUUUUGGGGGAAAAAAACAUAUUAUUUACACAUUUGGUUUUGUUUCCUUUUUUUAAAGAGAAGAAUGUACACUUUGUGUUUUGUUUUAUUUCUCAGCACAGAAACAUUGUUCAGCUUCAGAACAGCAUAAAGAGGAAUAUUAUUAUCCAACAACCGAUCAAUUCGCAUGCCAGUACAUAUUGUAGCUGGUUUGUUAAAUUGACUUUUAUAUGAAAAACUGCAGACUAACUACAAUCUACAGGGCUACUUCUAAUAGUUUAGUUCUUUACUGGCUUCAAGAACUUGACAUUUGCACUUUUCAUAUAGGCAUAGUCACAUCACUCAUUGAUUCUUAUUUUUUAUGUUUGAUUUCAUUACUCACUCAAUAAGUAUUCAUGAACUUUGAUAUUUAGUCUACUGCACACCUUGUGAUCCUGAGCACUCCCCACCCCACCGCCAACCACCUUUUGUAGGCAAGAUGUUAUUUUUAACACGUAUUAGUAGAACAAGGUAGAUGUCAGGCAGGUAAAGUGUUGCUUGGGCUCAGAUUUUGUAUAAAAAUCAUGUUAGGGACUGUGUUAGUAGAUUGGAAUGCCCCCCCCCCCUUUACACCCCCGUCAAAUGACCCUCCACCCAGAUACAAACUCUGUAUUAUAGUGUGUCAGAGUCCAUGGCUUACCAAUGAACACAAACGUGCAAAAAUGACAACCAUUUGGCUUUAUUAGGAUGGUACAUUUACAGGUGCUUUCUUUCUUUCUUUCUUUCUUUUUUAUUUCUUUUAUCUCGAUUGCCUCCAUUUCAUUAGAAUGUACAGUAUUAUUUUGGACUUUAUUUAUGAAAUGACUACAUAGGAGAUAUUACACAACAAGUUCACAUGUACAUACUGCCUUAUUGAAUAAGCUGUGCCUCUGAAAUCCAUGCAAGGCACCUGUGUUUUUAUGAGAAGUGAAGUUAGUGCAUCCAAUAAUUUCCCCUUGUGCAGAUGGAGGAUUGUUCGGUUUUGGCUCUUUGUUAUUCUGAGCUAUAAGAAGACCUGGGAAUAGCUUUGAGUUGUAGCUUAUAUGACAUUGUUACCAGAAAUUAUCAGCACGUCAUGAGUGAACUGUAAUCGGAACACACUUUCUAUUGAUUUCAUAAUGUUGCCACAUCAAAUUCAUGUCUUAAAAUCCACGCCACAGUGCAUUAUAAUGCACUGGACUGCCUGAUGUGACUAUGAUUAACAGUGCUCCUACACAUCAGUAUAUGUAGAAUGUGCCUGUCUGGUCUCCAAAUCACCAGCAGCCACCUGCGGACUGUUUUCUCGCCAUUUGGCGGUGGUUUCGGCAUCUACCAGCCACUUUGGCAAGUAACCAGCCCUCACUUGGAGGUCCUGUUGUUUUCAGAUAUUUCAGCUGGCUGCUGAAAUUGCAUACAAGGACGGUUGAUUUUGGCAGGCAACAACCACCUCAGCAAGUUCAUUUCCCAUCCAAUUCACAUUGUACUUGAAGUAAAUCAAGAUCUUACAAUAACCACUUGUCAACAGCAGUAGAAAAAAGCGUGGGGGGGGGGGCAGCAGCUCGUCACACAUUUUACUGAAUGUUAAAAUGGUGUUAAUGUAAAAACUGCUUGUUGCCAGAGGAGAUGUUUUGAAGCUGAACUUUAGUUUCAACUUAUCAGAGUUGCUGAUCACUUGUAGAGCUGCAGCAAACGGUAACUUGUCUCUGCUGUUGUAAAGUGGCUAUUUGCAUUGUCCUUGUUACUUAAAGGGAAAAUCCUUGUUUAAGCAAUUUGCUGAGCAGAGACCACACAUCCAUGUUUGUGAGCCUCAAAAAGUCAUUCAGAAAGCUCAAGUGAUAAAGAAAUGACAAAAGCUGGAGUGUUUCAACUAACAGAUCUAAGAUUAGUGGGUUUUUUUACACAAUGAUGACAGUAUAUUAUAAUCUAUAUUGUGUAUAUGUUAUACUGGCAAAAAUGCUAAUUAUGAUAGGAUUUCAUCAGAAAAAUAUGAGCCACAAAAGACUGUUUCCAAGAUUUGUGAGUGAUUUGUUCAUGUUGGCAUGAUUACUCUGAGGGAGCACAUGUGAGUUACCUUCCGGCUGGAUUUUCCCUUUAAGACACCACAGACUCCAGCUGGUGUUGACUUGCUGACACGCAUUGUUGAAAACCUCUGCUGCUGGUUAAAUUUCAUGCAGUAUGAUCAAGAGCAGCACAGUGUUACUUACAGUAUAUUGUGGGCUACGUUAUGUGGAACCGCAGGGUCGCGUGUGGGGAAAAAUAACUUUCUAUAAAUGGCUCUUUGCUCAAGUCUUAGCCUACUUUUUUUGGGUUUCUUUGUCUCCAAAUAAAGAAGAUAUGAAGUUUAAUGACUCAUUUUGAAAUAGUGCUAUUAUGAUGAUCUCCAAAUAUGUACCGUGUUUCCUUGUAUCCUCCUUCAACAUGUUUCUUUUCAAAAGUA